AUCCAAACAACCACUUGAGUAUAUCAAGUUAUAUGGAUUACUCCAGUCAAUCAUGUCCGUUGAAGUAAUUCAAGACCCACUGCACCUUAGGCAUGUCCUACAAGCGAGCAUUCGGGCGUUCGACUCGGACGACGAGAGUUUCGAAGAAGGCAUUGAAAUGCUUCGCGCUGUCCUCCCGGAUGCGAUGAUUGUAGCUGCUUUGGACAUUAUUGAUCGCGAAGGUGUCAUGAAAUACAAGACCUCGUGGGGUCGGCAUCAUUACGAAGUUCUGGGCACCACUUCCACAUACACCGUCUUUCCGCACCUCGAUGCUGGAUCUGCAGCCGUGUCUAGUUAUUGCACCUGCCCAUCAUUCGCAUACGCGGUGUUAAUAUCCGAGAACCACCUUAUGUGCAAACACGUCUUGGCAGUGUGCCUUGCAGAUAGGUUGUCUCGUUGUGUCGUGCGCCCCAUCGAAGAUGAUGACUUACUGUUAAAAAUCACGGGACAUGUCUCUCCCUAGACAUUCCUCGAUCGCAAGUAUCUCUUGAUACUAUCAGUUUGUGGUUUUUGAAACAUGGGGCACCUGAUUGAACAACGUAUCAGACUGCCCGAGUUCUCUUCUAGAUCACAUUGUGAAGACCUCUUUCACCACAAAAGACAAUAUGAGCGUGCAAUUCUUUGAAUUACGCCUACGUGACACCCACUGCUAGCCACUGCUUCCGUAAACGAGAAAUAUCAACAUGUUUUCGACCGUGUGGUGCAGGAACACAAUGAUGGAGUGACCAUGAUACCA